AAGCGCGCAACCCUAGAAGGGAAAAGCGCUGGAGGAGCUUGCGCCGCGGCGGCGAGAGCUGGGGAGAAAGCCUGGGUGUUUGCAGGCGAGCCGGGCGGGGGCUGGGGCGCGGGGCCGGGACUGGGGCGCGGGGCCGGCAUGGCUGGAAGCUGCGCCCCGCAACCUUGAAGAGCGACCGCGGCGGGAGGCCGAGCACGGGAGGCGGGUGCGAUGGCAGCGCGCGGCCCCCGGAGCUGCGCCCGGCCGGGGCGCCUGGCCUGAGCCGCCGGAGCCGCGGGGCUGCCUCGGCGCGUCCAUGGAGCAGCGGCCAGGGCGAGACUGCGAAGCGCCGCGUCCCUGCGUCGCCGCGGCGGGCUGCUGAAGGGGCCGAGCCCGCGCCCCCGCCGAGAGAGGAGCGCGCCCGCCCCAGCGCGCAGGCCGGCCGCCCGGGGCGGCGCGGGGCGGCGGAGCGCAGCGGAGGCGCCGAGCGCGCGGCGCCGCGGGAGAGGCCGGCGCGGGAGGCGGCCGCAGCAAUGCCGGGCCCGCUGGGGCUGCUCUGCUUCCUCGCCCUGGGGCUGCGCGGCUCGGCCGAGCCCAGCGGCGCGGCGCCGCCUCUCUGCGCUGCGCCCUGCAGCUGCGACGGCGACCGUCGGGUGGACUGCUCCGGGAAGGGGCUCACCGCCGUGCCCGAGGGGCUGAGCGCCUUCACCCUAGCGCUGGAUAUCAGUAUGAACAACAUUACUCAGUUACCAGAAGAUGCAUUUAAGAACUUCCCUUUUCUAGAAGAGCUACGAUUGGCUGGCAAUGACCUUUCUUUUAUCCACCCAAAGGCCUUGUCUGGGUUGAAAGAACUCAAAGUUCUAACCCUCCAAAACAAUCAGUUGAAAACAGUACCCAGUGAAGCCAUUCGAGGACUGAGUGCUUUGCAGUCUUUGCGUUUAGAUGCCAACCAUAUUACCUCAGUCCCUGGGGACAGUUUUGAGGGACUUGCGCAGUUACGACAUCUGUGGCUGGAUGACAACAGCUUGACUGAGGUGCCUGUGCACCCCCUCAGCAAUCUGCCAACUCUGCAGGCGCUGACCUUGGCGCUCAACAAAAUCUCUAGCAUCCCUGACUUUGCAUUCACCAACCUUUCAAGCCUGGUAGUUCUGCAUCUUCAUAACAAUAAAAUUAAAAGCCUGGGUCAACACUGUUUUGAUGGACUAGACAACUUGGAGACCUUGGACUUGAAUUAUAAUAACCUGGGGGAAUUUCCACAGGCUAUUAAAGCCCUCCCUAGCCUAAAAGAACUGUUAUUUCACAGUAACUCCAUUUCUGUUAUUCCUGAUGGAGCAUUUGAUGGUAAUCCACUCUUAAGAACGAUACAUCUGCAUGAUAAUCCUCUAUCUUUUGUGGGGAACUCAGCAUUUCACAAUCUAUCUGAUCUGCACUCCUUGGUCAUUCGUGGCGCAAGCUUGGUGCAGCAUUUCCCUAAUCUGACUGGGACUAGCCAUCUGGAGAGUCUGACUUUGACAGGUACGAAGAUAAGCAGCAUAUCCAGUAAUUUGUGCCAAGAACAAAAGAUGCUUAGGACUUUGGACUUAUCAUACAACAAUAUAAAAGACCUUCCAAGCUUUGAUGGAUGUCAUUCUCUGGAAGAAAUUUCUUUGCAACGUAAUCAAAUCCGCCAAAUAAAGGAAGGUACUUUUCAAGGCCUGAUAUCCUUAAGGAUUCUAGAUCUCAGUAGAAACCGGAUCCAUGAAAUUCACAACACAGCUUUUGCCAAGCUUGGGUCAAUAACUAACCUAGACAUAAGUUUCAAUGAAUUAACUUCAUUUCCUAAGGAAGGCCUGAGCGGUCUAAAUCAACUGAAACUUGUGGGCAACUUCAAGCUGAAAGAAGCUUUAGCAGCAAAAGAUUUUGUUAAUCUCAGGUCUUUAUCUGUACCAUAUGCUUAUCAGUGCUGUGCAUUUUGGGGUUGUGACUCUUAUGCACAUGUAAACAGCGAAGAUAACAGCCUCCAAGACCACAGCGUGGCAAAGGACAAAGGUCUCACGGAUGGGGCAGGUGUCACAAGCAGUGCUGAAAAUGAAGAACACAGUCAAAUAAUCAUCCACUGUACACCCUCCACAGGUGCUUUUAAGCCCUGUGAAUACUUACUGGGGAGUUGGAUGAUCCGUCUUACUGUGUGGUUCAUUUUCUUGGUUGCGUUGUUUUUCAACAUGGUUGUCAUUUUAACAACAUUUGCAUCCUGUACAUCACUGCCUUCCUCCAAAUUAUUCAUAGGCCUGAUUGCUGUGUCUAACUUAUUCAUGGGAGCCUAUACUGGCAUCUUAACAUUUUUGGAUGCUGUGUCCUGGGGCAGAUUUGCUGAAUUUGGCAUUUGGUGGGAGAGUGGCAGUGGCUGUAAAAUAGCUGGGUUUCUCGCCAUUUUCUCCUCUGAAAGUGCCAUCUUUUUAUUAAUGUUAGCAACCGUUGAAAGAAGUUUAUCUGCAAAAGAUAUAAUGAAAAAUGGAAAAAGCAAUCAUCUCAAACAGUUCCGGAUUGCUGCCCUUUUUGCUUUUCUGGGUGCUUCUGUAGCAGGCUGCUUCCCACUUUUCCACAGAGGGGAAUACUCCGCAUCUCCCCUGUGCUUGCCAUUUCCUACAGGAGAAACACCGUCACUAGGAUUUACUGUAACCUUAGUGCUAUUAAACUCACUAGCGUUUUUAUUAAUGGCCAUUAUCUACACUAAACUUUACUGCAACUUGGAAAAAGAGGACCUUUCCGAGAACUCACAUUCUAGCAUGAUUAAGCACGUUGCUUGGCUCAUCUUCACCAAUUGCAUCUUUUUCUGUCCUGUUGCAUUUUUUUCAUUUGCCCCAUUGAUCACUGCGAUCUCUAUCAGCCCCGAAAUAAUGAAGUCUGUGACUCUGAUAUUCUUUCCAUUGCCUGCUUGCCUGAAUCCAGUCCUGUAUGUUUUCUUCAACCCCAAGUUUAAAGAAGACUGGAAGAUAUUGAAGCGACAUAUUACCAAGAAAAGUGGAUCAGUGUCAGUUUCCAUUAGUAGCCAAGCUGGUUGUGUGGAACAGGAUUUCUAUUAUGACUGUGGCAUGUACUCCCACUUGCAGGGCAACCUGGCUGUGUGUGACUGCUGCGAAUCAUUUCUUUUGACAAAGCCAGUAUCAUGCAAACACUUAAUCAAAUCACACAGCUGUCCUGCACUGGCAGUGGGUUCUUGCCAAAGACCAGAUGGCUAUUGGUCCGACUGUGGGACACAAUCGGCCCACUCCGAUUAUGCCGAUGAAGAAGAUUCCUUUGUCUCGGACAGUUCUGACCAGGUGCAGGCCUGUGGACGAGCCUGCUUCUAUCAGAGUCGAGGCUUCCCUUUGGUGCGCUAUGCUUAUAAUCUACCAAGAGUCAAAGACUGAAUGAAUAUGUUGUGACUGUUUCUCCCAUCAACCAAAAUCACAGUGUUUAUAGAGGGAACCCUGGUCUGAUCUCAUCUGGGAAGCACUUCUGUGAUCACUGCCUGGUGUCACUUAGAAGAAGGAGAAGGUGGCAGUUUAUUUCUUAAACCAGACAUUUUCAAAGAGCAAGUGCCUAAACUAUCAACUGGUGGAAAAGGUGAUGUCCACGCAGUGUGUGGUCUAUUUAAAACAAAUUUGUAACUUGAAAAAGAUGUGUAUAUCAUAGCAAUGUAACAUUAGGUUUUUUGGAUCCAUAAGAAGCAAAUUUGUACCUAUUUGAAUUAAGCACAAGAUAAAGAACAGCUGUUAAUAUUUUUUAAAGAAUAUUUUAAAGUGUGAUUUUAUAUAACUAAAGAAAAAGUCAUGCUAAUUUACCUAAUGUUUUCAUCAUUAAUCUCAGGACAACUUACUGCAGGGCCAAAAAGGGACUGUCUCCUAGGUAGAACUGUGAGAGUAUGUUGUAGGCAUUACCUUAUUGCAUUUUCUACUUCUGUCUUUGACAUAAUAGAAUCACAAAUUUUGUUUAAUUCAUUUGUAACUUAGAAACCUGAAGAUGUUUUUAAAACAAUAUUAACAACUGCUAGAUUUAAAACAAAUAACUGAACAUUUGUUUUCGGUCUUUAUGUAUCACUUUGGUGUGAUUCCAGCAAUUAUUUCCUCAGUCUUUUGUGAUCACACUACUACGAUAAAGUAAAGGGCUAUUUGCUGGGUGGGUUUAGUAGAUUUUUACUAAACUACUAAUUAAUAUGGGAUUUAAGUAGUAUCUGAGGGAUUUGAUAGCUCCCUAGAAUGUUCCCGUUAAUAAACAUUUCCUAAUAUCUGGCUCUACCAAUAUUUUCCAAAUUUGUUGGUAUGUUACUUUAUUGUUUGAACUAUACAGAAAGUAAACUGUGAUAAAUAGUUGCAUUUAAUUGCAAGAAUUGGGAGUAAUUAUGACACAAAGCACUUACAUGUAUUUCUUAGUAAGCUGGAUUCUCCUGAACCUGUGCUAUUACACAGAAGCUUCCAAACAUUUCCCCCAUACUGUGAUUCAUGAAAGAGCCUAUGCAACAGCUCAGAUGAUGUGUUCUUGUGAGACAAGAUAAAUAUGUCAUUAAGAAAAAAAAGGAAUAAAGUUGGGGUCUGUGUCUUUAAAAAUUAAAAAUUUUACUUGAUUCUCAUUGAUGAACUUUUGACAUGUCACUAUGUGGAGUCUUAAAAUUAAAGAUGUUCAAUAUGUUUUUUGAACAAUAUGCUAAAUCAAUAGCAAACUCACUGCCAUAUUAGUGAUUCAGGAUACACUAAAUGACAUUAAGCUAGAUUGCAGUUUAAUAAUUAAACUGUAUAUAAUGUGCAUAUAAUGAAUUUUUAUCUUAUGUAAAUUAUUUUUUAGAACACAAGUUGGGAAAUGUGGCUUCUGUUCAUUUUGUUUAAUUAAAGCUACCUCCUAAACUAUAGUGGCUGCCAGUAGCAGAAUGUUAAAUUGUGGUUUAUAUACUUUUUUGCAUUGUAAAUAGUCUUGGUUGUACAUUGUCAGUGUAAUAAAAACAGAAUCUUUGUAUAUCAAAAUCAUGUUUGUGUAAAAUGUGGGAGGGAUCUAUUUACAGCGUGUUGUAAUUUUGUAAGGCCUACCAUUCACAUGUUUUUAAAAUCGAUAUCAUGUUUGUAUAUUUACAUAUCUGAUAAAUAUUAAAUCAUAACUUGGUAAAAAAAAAAUCUUAGCUAAAAGGUUUUUUUCCUCAAAAU